AUGGCCUCCGCAAUGGCUAAGCGCCUCGAAGGCAAGACCAUUCUCGUUACCGGUGCCUCCUCUGGUAUCGGCAAGAGUACUGCGAAGGAGUUUGCGCGCACCUCGCCCAAGAACCUCAAGAUUAUCGUCACUGCGCGCCGCCUCGAAGCGCUGAACCAGCUCGCGGCUGAGAUUAAGGAGGAGGUUGGCGAUGGUGUGAAGGUGCUCCCUGUGAAGCUCGAUGUUAGCAACCCAGCGGAAAUCAAGAACUUUGUGCCGUCGCUGCCCGCCGAGUUCAAGGAAAUUGAUGUGCUCGUCAACAAUGCUGGGCUUGUUAAGGGUGUUGCCCAGGCUCCCGAUAUCGACGCCGAGGAUAUGAACCUCAUGUUCAACACCAACGUUACCGGGCUUAUUAACAUGACCCAGGCCAUCCUACCGAUCUUCAAGAAGCGCGAUGAGGGCGGCCGCGGCGAUAUCAUCAACAUUGGUAGUAUUGCUGGCCGUGAGCCCUACGCUGGUGGUGGCAUCUACUGUGCCACCAAGGCUGCUGUUCGCUCCUUCACCGAGUCCCUGCGCAAGGAGCUGAUCGCGACACGGAUCCGUGUCAUUGAGAUCGAUCCCGGUCAGGUCGAGACUGAGUUCUCUGUUGUGCGAUUCUACGGUGACAAGUCCAAGGCCGAUGCCGUCUACAAGGGUGUGGAGCCUCUUACCGGAGAUGACAUUGCUGAGGUUGUUGUCUUUGCCGCCGGUCGUCGGGAGAACGUCGUCAUUGCCGAUACCCUGGUGUACCCGAGCCACCAGGCUGGCGCGGGUAUUUUGCACCGCAAGUCCUAA